GUUUUUUCAAAAUUGGCCUGUUUCCAUUCAAGAAAUUUAUUUUUGUAAUUCCAAUUUCCUGGAUUACAUGACCAAAACCUGUGAAAGGUCCUUCUGUUUUUUAGUCAGAUGGGCUCAAAAACCAAACUUUUUAAAAUUCAUUCAGCAUGCUAUGAGAGGCAGGGAAGAUUUGGUCAAGAGAUGAUCUUGACCAAAUCUUGCUUUGCUCAAACUGUUCUGCAAAACAGCUGUGUUCCCUGUCGAGCUUUUCGUCUUUUGAAGUUUUUAACAACAGAUAAAGCAACUUUUACACACUUGCAUCUCAAUUUUUAGUGACUUUGACCAUUAAAACCCAAACUAGUUCCCCCAGUUCUUCAUGCAAAUACAACUAAAACCAGAUAUUUACCUAGUCGGAAUAAAAAGACACAUGCACCUUUCUUUAAAAUCGCUGUCUGAACAUAAAUUAGAUCAAACUUUUCUGGCUUUAGGUCAGUUAAAAUCGCCGAAAUGAUUCCUAUUUCCUAAAAUCAACAACAAUGAGAAUAUGUCAGAUUUAUUGUCUCGAAAAUGAGAAGUUUACAUACAAAAUGAUUACCUUCUUUAAACAAUGAUGAUGUGAUGACUUUGGAAAGUGCCGAUGGGUUAACGAAAACGUUUGAGUAAAUUGGAGGCAUUUUUAUUUAUUUGCUUAUUUUUGUCCACGUGCCAAACGCACACGUAAUCCCAUCGCCAUCAUUCAUGGAUUCAGGGCAUGUUUUAUUAGCAGCAAACGCUGCGGACGCAGGAGGUAGGUGUAGGAAUGCGGCUCAGCGAGAGAGAGAGAGAGGACAGCUUUGGCUCGUCGCCAUGUCCAUCAAGGAGGAGGGGAAAAAAAACCCAAAAAACCAAAACGGCAACAUUCCGCAGGAGUAACCUUUGACCAGUAACUGGGAACAAAAUCAGGAGGUAGAGCAGUGCAAAGUUGGGAUGGAAGGAAAGAAAGAAAGAAGGAAAAAAAAGAAGGAAAGAACAAACGAACUCCCCUAUCCUCACGAUUACUGAACAGGUCCACGUCGGCCCUUGCUAAGGUUGUCAUAAAACCUAAUGAUAUGAAAUCCUGCAGAUCAGAGCGGGAUCAGACUCAUGUAAGUUGCAUGAGCAAAAGCCUAUGGAAGCUUCAAAAGGGGGGGAAAAAAAUGGUUAAUGAUUUUUUCUGGAAGAAAGCCUAAAAAAAAAAAACCCUCCGAGUUACAUUAAUGCCUUCUCUGGCUGCUAAUCAGCUUGAAGUUACAACCUUAACUUUACCUUUUUUAUUAAAAGUUCUAAGAGCUGAAAAUGCUCAGCUUGGACUAACAAGUAAAGGUUGGCUGAGAAGUGCCCUCCUCCUUUUCUAAGAAGGAGGAGAGAGACAGGGGGACUUUUGGGGGGGGGUUGAGUGAACUGGGGCUUAAAAAGGUAUUUGCCUGUUUGCCUCCAGUCAUGGCCGGGAGCUCAGAGAAAAUACCCAUCGCGACAGCGGAACCAGAGGACCAGCAUCAGUUCAUGCCACCGGCCUACUCCGCCGUGGCGGUGAAGCCGGCCUCCGCCGGACGCCUGCUGAAGGCCGGGAUCGCCGUGCUGGUAACCGGAGCCGUUCUGCUGCUGCUGGGAGCCGCCGGCGCCUUCUACUUCUGGAACAACAGCGAGAAACACGUCUACAAUGUCCACUACACCAUGAGCAUCAAUGGGAAGGUGGAGAAGGGCUCCAUGGAGAUCGACUCUGCCAACAACAUGGAGACGUUCAGCACAGGCAGCGGUGCGGACGAGGCGCUUGAGGUCCACGACUUCGAGAUUGGAAUUACAGGCAUCCGGUAUUCGGGGGGAGACAAGUGCUUCAUCAGGACCCAGGUUAAAGCUCAGCUCCCGGAUGUGGAGCCUCUGAACAAGGACCCGACCACAUUUGAACUGGGCGACGAGGUGAUGCCAGCCAAACUCGAGGACGACCUGAUCCUGGUGGCAGCAGGCCCGCCUCUGUCCGACUCCUCCUUCCUCAGCAGCAAGAUCAUGGACCUGUGUGGAGACCUGCCCAUCUUCUGGCUCCGUCCCACACACUCACUGGGCGGCCAGAGGAAGAGCAGAGCCGCUCCUCGCGAGCGCCGGCAGGCAGCUGCUGCGGUGGAGCACGAGGACGGGGGGCCGCAGCUCAACCCGGAGAACCCCUAUCAGCGUGGGCUGGAGGGCGAGCAGGGCGCCAUGGACAUCGACCCCAUGCUGGACCACCAGGGCGUGUGCUGCAGCGAGUGUCGCCGCGGCUACACCCACUGUCAGAGGAUCUGCGAGCCGCUCGGCGGCUACCAGCCCUGGCCGUACCACUACCAAGGCUGCAGGGUGGCCUGCAGAGUUAUCAUGCCCUGCAAAUGGUGGGUGGCGCGCAUCAUGGGGCUGGUGUGAGAAAACCACCGCACUCGCCCGAGAUGUGGCAGAGCCCGGGAGGGAGGGACAGGGUUCAAAGGGAGGUGAGAUGAAGGGAAAAGUUAUUAAAAAAAAAAAAGAAGAGGGAGUGGGGGGAGUUACUUAAUAACAUCUACUGUAGGUAGCUGAGUCUAAGCAGAUUUGUUCAAAAGCAACUUGCAUUAGUAGCUGUGUUUAUGAAUUCUAGAUGCAUAUAAAGCUGAUCUGACACUAAAAGGCAAACGCAGUGGCGGCACAUCCUUUCAUGCUGUUAAAACACACACACACACACUGCAGCUACUAAUCUGGGGUCCUCUGAGCUAGAGCACAACAUGCUACCUAGAAAACAGAGAAGGCGACAUUACUUCAUGUAAACGCAUAGGAAAAGCUUGCAUUAAUAGAGCCAGUGAUUGACAUUGCCUAAAAUUCUGUACAUAAAUAUCUACAAAGACCUCCAGAAGAAGUCGGUGGAUUUACAGGACCGCACAUCUGGAGGUUUCCGAAGUUGAAUAAUAGAAACUUCGAUGCAUUUUAUUGUUAUUUUAGGAUUUUAUGUGAUAACUCGCCAUGAACGUGGUACGUGGGCAGAGUUGGAGGGAAGGGUUAAAUACAGGGCAAUGGUGGAAGAAAACCUGUCUUUGGGCAUUCCGCCCCUUUCUGAGGCCGCCCUGGGUAACUGCCCCUAUGAAACCCUUCCACCAGAAGCCAGAGUUGCAUAAGGAUUUGGUUUAGAAAUGUAAAACAAGCUGAAAUUCAAUCAGUUUUAAUAACAAAUAAUAAAAACAGAUGUCAUAUUUGAUUGGCUGUAACCUUCCAGGUGGCUCUGAUUAGCAAUACAAUAUUAAUAGGCAUCAACCUUUCCUACAUCUUGGUGACCAAAAUGCUAACAAUCAGGAAGAGAAGUCAUUUAUGGCUCUGUCGUAAUCAAAGCAGUCAUCACAGUAACAUUACAAUGUCACCGUUUCUCACUAUUGGUCAGAUUCACAGAUACGCUUUCAUGCUAGAACGCCCAAGAUCCAGAGAUAAAGCAAAUAGAUGCAAAAAUAUGAGAUGUUUGUAGUAUCCCCACAGCAUGAUGCUUCCACCACCACGCCAGGUGAAUUGAAGGUGAUGGAUUGUACUUGUAAUAGGGGGUAUCAGAGUAAAGACACAUCACACUUUUAAGAUUAUUUGUUAAGAAACACGUUUCACUUUACAACCGUGCGCCAUUUUGUUGAAUGAAAACCCAAAUAAAACCCAUUGGAAGAGGCUCCAGGGGGGUGAACACUGUUAACGUUUCAGAUAAAAUUAGCUUCAACUCUUUUCACGAGUUGCCUUUAACAAAUGUAGCUGUACCUCCAUUCCAAACUUUUCAAAGUGCAAUAUCAUGAAAUAAAUUUUUUUUUUUUAAAGUAAA